AUGGAUGAACACUUUGAAAAUCCAAAGAAAUUUUUUCAGGAUUUGCUAUGGAACAAAGAUCCGGAAGCAACCGAAAAAUUACUCAAGCUUGCUCAGAGCUUAAAAAAAGAUAGCAGCGGGGAUACAGCAGAAGUCGAGGAAUGGCGUGAGAGUAGCGUGGAAAAAAGACUAGAAUAUGCCAUUGUUAAGGGUAUCGAUACCUAUGUAGUGGAAGAUACAGAGGAAGCGCGACUGGACACUGCAAAAUAUCCUCGACCGCUGAAUGUCAUCGAACAGCCGCUUAUGGCUGGAAUGUCUGUUGUUGGCGAUCUUUUCGGUUCCGGUAAAAUGUUCCUUCCACAGGUCAUCAAAUCAGCACGUGUUAUGAAGAGAGCAGUUUCGCAUCUAAUACCAUUCAUGGAAGCGGAAAGGAUAAAAAAUAUGCAGGAGAACAAAGGCAAUGCUGAUGAGAAUCCUUACCAGGGCACGGUUGUGAUGGCAACAGUGAAAGGUGAUGUCCACGACAUCGGUAAAAAUAUUGUUGCCGUUGUUUUGGGAUGUAAUAAUUAUCGGGUGAUUGAUCUGGGCGUUAUGACUCCGUGUGAGAAAAUCAUCAAAACAGCAAUCGAAGAAAAAGCAGAUUUCAUUGGUUGUUCUGGAUUGAUUACGCCAUCACUGGACGAAAUGGUCCACGUGGCUCGUGAGAUGGAUCGUGCUGGAUUACGAAUUCCGCUGUUAAUCGGCGGAGCAACUACAUCCAAAACUCAUACUGCCGUGAAAAUUGCGCCACGUUAUUCUGGUCCUGUAGUACAUUGUUUGGAUGCGUCGAAAUCUGUCGUUGUGUGUUCUUCGCUUACUGAUCCAAAAACCCGUGAUGAAUUUUUAACGGAUAUUGCGGAGGAUUAUGAAAUAGUUCGCGAAGAGCAUUAUGAAUCCUUGCGAGAAAGGAGUUUUGUACCGAUAAAUUUGGCUCGAGAACGCAAGUUACAACUGGAUUUUACUAAUUUCAAACCAGUGAUGCCGACAUUUUUGGGUACUAGAAGUUUUCCGGAUUUUGAUCUCAAUUUACUUUUACCAUUUAUUGAUUGGAAACCAUUUUUUGAUGUCUGGCAGCUACGUGGCAAAUAUCCAAAUCGCGCAUUUCCGAAGAUUUUCAAUGACGCAGAUGAUGCUCAGGAACGGUUGCGGCGACUGAUUGAUGAGAAGGAACUAAGUGGUGCAGCUGUAAUAGCAUUUUAUCAGUGCUGUGCGAUCGGUGACGAUAUUUUGAUAUUUUUCCCAACUGACGGAUCUCAUCAAGCAACAUUAUUCGGGCUGCGACAGCAGUGCGAUAAAGAAGCGGAUCAGCCAUGCUACUGUCUCUCGGACUUCAUAGUACCGGCGGGAAGCACCAAACCCGCGCCUACAGAUUACGUUGGUGCAUUUGCAUGUACCGCAGGAAUUGGUGCUCGGGAACUUUGUGCAAAACUCGAAAAGGAAUGCUUGGAUGAUUACAGCAGUAUUAUGGUAAGUAUUUGA